AUGUUUGUCUACACCCUUAUCUUCUUGUUCCUAGCCGCGGCCAAUGCAUAUUCCAACCCCGGCCCCUGCUCAGGCAACUGUUGGACUCACGACCCGGGCCUGUACCAGCGCAAAUCAGACGGGAAAUACUUUCUCUUCGCCACUGGUGGAGGCAUCCAUAUCUCCUCGGCGGAUGACCUCGCCGGCCCCUGGACAGACGACGGCUUUGUCCUUCCAGAUGGUUCCUCCAUCGAUCUAGAUGGCCAGAACAAUCUCUGGGCCCCCGAUCUGCACUAUCGAGAUGGGACAUACUACCUCUACUAUUCCGUCUCUGCGCUCGGAUCGCAGAACUCAGCCAUUGGAGUUGCGACCUCCGAGACGCUUGAAGCCGGCAGCUGGACCGACCACGGCUCCACAGGUGUCACCUCCACGCCCAACAGCCCCUACAACACCAUUGACGGCAACUGGAUCGCUGUCGGCGACAAACAGUACCUCAACUUCGGCUCCUACUGGCAGAACCUCUUCCAGGUGGAGCUGGCUGACGGGCUCAAAGUCAAGGAGGGCGCCACGCCACACCAGCUCUCAUACAAUGCCAGCGGCAUCCACCGCCAAGAGGCGGCAUUUAUGUUCGAGCGCAACAGCUACUUCUACCUGACCUUCUCCGGGGGCGUGGCGCUGGGGUAUAAUGCGACCUGGCCUGCGCAGGGCGAGGAGUAUCACAUCAACGUGUGCAGAUCAACGUCGGCCACAGGCGGAUUCGUGGACAAGAACGGUGUCUCAUGCCUGAAUAGCGGGGGCUCGUUGCUGCUCGCCAGCCACGGCUUUGUGUAUGGACCGGGCGGACAGGGUAUCCUCGAAGACAGGAACAAGGAGCUUGUUUUGUAUUAUCACUACGCCGACACGCGCAUAGGCAAGGCCGUCGAGGACUACCAGUUUGGAUGGAAUCAGUUGAAGUGGGAGAACGAUUGGCCCAGUGUCUAG